AUGAGGAACCAGAUCACAAGCUUUGUACAGAAGGAAGGAGAAUCACUUUAUGAAGCUUGGGAACGCUACAAGGAAUUAUUGAGGAUGUGCCCUCACCAUGGACUGGAAAAGUGGUUAAUUGUUCACACCUUCUACAACGGGCUCACUUACAACACACGGAUGACUGUGGAUGCUGCUGCAGGAGGAGCUUUGAUGAACAAAACAAUAGACGAGGCAUACACUCUCAUUGAAGACAUGGCUCAGAAUCACUAUCAAUGGGCGAACGAGCGUGCUCCUCAGACAUCAAAAGGAGGCAAGUAUGAAAUAGAUGAUUUAGACCAUAUAUCCUCUCAAGUUGAUGCUUUAUUUAAGAAAGUUGAAGGAUUGAGUAUUAAUUCUGUGGUGUCUACUUCAAUUUCAUGUGAGAUAUGUGGCUAUGUGGGUCAUUCUGCACUUCAAUGUCAAUUAGGAAACCCCCCAUCCAUUGAUACUUCUGGUAAUGAGCAAGUUAACUAUGUUAAUAACUUUAAUCAGAAGGGAGACCCAUUCUCCAAUACUUAUAAUCCGGGGUGGAGGAAUCAUCCUAAUUUUUCUUAUAGAAACCCACCUGGAAAUCCCAUGCCUGCAUCUAAUUUUGGUCCACCUGGUUUUCGUGCUCCUCAAUCCAAUUUCCCUUCUCAAAAGUCAAAUUUGGAAAAUAUGAUGGAGAAGUUUGUGACGACUCAAUCAAAAUUGAAUGAAGAAUUUAAGCAGCAACAACAAACCACGAAUGAGGUGGUCAAACAAUUGGCCUCUAAGAUGGAUUCCCUAGCUACACAUAACAAGAUGUUAGAGACACAAAUCACCCAAUUGGCACAAAAUGUUAACUCUUCCUCUAGGCCUUCAGGCAUGCUACCUGGACAACCUGAGACAAAUCUCAGGAGUCAUGUGAAUGCUAUAACUCUUAGAAGUGGAAAACAAUAUGAGUGA